AUCAAAACCGUUUAAAAAAGGUCAUUAUGUUUUGAUCACCGGUAGUGGUUUGUUUCUCUAAACUGUCUCACUCACGGCUGAGAGAGGGAAAGUUUGAGUCUUUUCCAGAGGAAUUUCCAAGAUCUCCUGUCACCUGAAUUUUGAAUUCUGAUAUGGUACUACCUAUUGUAGCAGGAGCUGUCGUUGCUGUAACUGCCCUUGCUGGUAAAUAUGGUAUUCAAGCUUGGCAGACUUACAAAGCUAGACCUCCUGUACAUAGAACUCGCAGGUUCUAUGAAGGUGGGUUUCAGCAGCAAAUGACAAAACGUGAAGCAGCUUUGAUUCUUGGAGUCCGAGAAAGGGAAGCUGUUGAGAAGAUAAAAGAAGCACACAGAAAGGUUAUGAUCGCGAACCACCCUGAUGCAGGCGGUAGCCAUUACCUCGCUUCAAAGGUUAACGAAGCUAAAGAAUUGAUGCUGGGCAAACCCAAGAACUCCGAUUCUGCUUUCUAGUGGUCUCCUGCGUUCCUUCAUCAUAAUGCUUUAAUGAUGGUAGAAUGUAGAUCAUAAGGUUCAAUAUGAUAGCUUUUUUCCCCUUUCAGGUAGGGGAAGAGGGUGGAUUCACUGGAUUGAUUGCUUGUAAAAUGUCAGGCUUAAUGGCUGAGAUGAUUUUUGCUGAAAAAUUAACUGGAAAUUAGGAACA